AUGGGCUCGUCUCUCGCGCUCGUAGCAGCACUGCUGAUAUUCUCGGUCGUCCAUCGAACAAGAUCGGCGCCCUCGCCCACCUCAAUCGGCUCCGACCUGCAGUUUCUCUUCCAAAAUGAUCUUGAUUGGCCAUCCGCGACACAGCAUAACGGCACCAUCUUCCUCAGUACACCCUCCACCAACGCACAAUCCCUGGCAGCAUGCAACGCGCUCAGCGAAGGUCUCCUCUCAACUUCCGGGCAACACUUCAAAAAUGACAUAAAAGCCCUCAUGCGGUACCUCGUCUUCGACUCGCAGGCGUCUCCGGUGCAGCGCUUCUGGGUGGCUUCUUCCUCUACGAACGGAAACGGAGAGGGAGAAAGCGGUGCCGGAGACGCAGAAAACGCAGACGGAGGGUGUCAGGCGAUCGCGGUGGGAGGCGCGGUGGAGUCGGUCCGGUGCGACAGCCGCCUGCCCGCGUUUUGUUCGCAGAGCGCGCCGUAUAGACGAAAUACGGCGACUGAUCAGAGUGAAAGGUUCCGGGUGCAGGUGCAGUCGGAGAAGUCGACGUUUGUUGGGACUCGAGAUGCUCUCUCCUUCCGCUUUGUCGGCAUACCCUAUGCAGCGCCUUUCGCCCGAUUUUCCUAUUCAACUCCAUAUAACGCCAGCAGCCCAACGACGUUCAACGCCGUCUCCUAUGGUUCUCCAUGCUUACAGCCCACGGGCGGCUCGGAAGACUGCCUCUUCCUGAACAUUCAGACGCCCUUCCUCCCAGCGAACGUGGCUCAGGCUACUCGUGCAAAGAUGCUCAAGCCAGUGCUGUUUUGGAUUCAUGGGGGUGGUUUCAUAGACGGAGAGGGUAGUGAUGGUGUCUUUGAUGGUGGAAAUUUGGCGAGUAGGAGCGAUAUCGUUGUGGUUUCGAUUAAUUAUCGAGUGGGCACUCUCGGCUUCCUCGCUCUCAACGAUGGCGUUACGAACGGCAAUUUUGGUAUUGCUGAUCAGAUCACUGCCCUCCAGUGGGUAAGAACUCACAUCGCCGCAUUCGGCGGCGACCCCACCCGAAUUACGAUCGCCGGACAGUCAGCAGGUGCAGGCUCCGUACGUGCUCUCCUUGGAUCGCCACCUGCUUUUGGUCUCUUCGGUGGCGCAAUCGCUCAAAGCAACUUAGGCGGCUUCGGCUACGCGACGACGUACACCGAGUAUCUGAGCAUCGAGACGCAGUAUAACAGUUUCGCGAAGGAUGUUGUAAGUGGCGUUGGAUGCGGGAAUGCUACCGACGUGUUGGGGUGUUUGAGGCGUGUAAACGCGACUGCAUUGAUUAUGGCACCGAACGCGCCUAGAUACAUCGUUAUAGACGGGAAAUACAUCAGGAACUCUCAUCUUGCCGUCAACGGCAGAGGCCCUACUGCUCCUGCACACAUUAUAUUCGGAUGGACACGCGACGAUGGCUCCGAUUUCGUUGGGUCUUUCCCCAACACCCGCAGCACGCUCGUCGGGCAACUCACCGGUGCUGGCAUGAGUGCAGACGUUGCAAGCAAGGUCCUUGCUCGUCCAGAUCUCUUCCCGUUGCCUACGGGCCACAACGCGACCAUGAACCUGUAUAAUCUCACAAGCCGCGUAGGAACGGACGGCCAAUUUUUAUGCAUCGACCAAGCGACACUCAUAUCCUCAGCGAGGCAUCGGUCCUUCCCUUCCGUCUAUGCAUACCAAUUUGAUCGGACGUACGCUGGGUUUGAGCCCAUUCCUGGAACAUGCAACCCACCAACUACGGCGGCGUUCCGAAAUGGCGACCCGAAUUUGCCUUAUUUCCGAUGCCAUUCCGGCGAACUGUACUACACGUUCGGUACACUCGGACAAGAUUCUCGCCCAUUCCGCGAUUCUGCAGACCUUCUGCUCUCUCAAGUCACCGUCGACGCCUGGUCCGCUUUUGUCCGGACGUUCGAUCCCAACCCUUCAACCGCCUACCUUAUUGCACGGGGUUAUAUGCCGACGCUGAAGGAGCUCUCCAGGGCUGGAAAGUGGGAGCGCGUGCGCUCUGGCUCUUUAUCGACUAGCGGAAACCCGGUGAGGGUUUUGGACGCGAAAACUAGGAAUGUGGCGUGGAGAGAGCGUGAACAAUGCGAUUUGCUCGGAUAUCCGAUUACCAUGUUUGAAUAG